AUGAUUUUAGUAUCGUCUAGCAGCAGCAUGAGUCAAAACGCACGUCUUUUAAUCGUGCUUUUUUCCGGUUUAGCAGCACUUUUGUGGCUUAAUCGACCAAAUUGUGAUGCAAAUUCAUCAAAAAUCAGCACAGAAGUCGAAAAAUUGCCAACAAUUUAUGCCAUCACUCCCACAUAUUAUCGUCCGGUGCAAAAAGCGGAGCUCACACGACUCUCGCAAACACUCCAACUCGUACCCAACGUCUUCUGGGUAAUCAUCGAAGAUGCCACGGAAAUUUCUGAUCUCGUACGAGACCUCCGGAAACGCAGCGGCUUGUACAAACGAAGUGUUCAACUCUUUUGCCAGACCCCCGACAACUACAAACUCAAGCCAAAGGACCCGCAUUCGUCAAAAGCGCGCGGCGUCGAUCAACGAAACACCGGUUUGCAGUUCGUAAGACGUCGAAUGACGGAAAAAAGUGAACAUGCCAUCGUUUUUUUCAUGGACGACGAUAACACGUACAGCGUCGAGUUGUUUCGCGAAAUGGCAAAAAUCGAAAAAGGGCGCGUGGGUGUCUGGCCCGUUGGAUUAGUCGGUGGUUUGAUGGUCGAGAAGCCGAUUGUCGAUGCAAAUGGCGUUGUCGCGAGCUUUAAUGCGGCAUAUCAACCGCAACGAGUGUUUCCCAUUGACAUGGCGGGAUUUGCGAUUGCGGGAGAUUUGUUGCUAAAUGUCCCGGAAGCCGGAUUUAGCUACGAAACGAAACCGGGGUGGCAGGAAACAAAGUUCUUGGAACAACUGACGACGCGGAAGAAGUUACAGCCGUUGGCGAAUCGAUGUAUGGAUGUCUUGGUGUGGCACACGAGAACGCAGGAGCCCGUUUUGAAGUAUGAAAAAAAGAGAAAAGUUGCGUCGGACUUUGGAAUGGAAGUGUAGUGUCAGAAAAAAGCGUCACGUUUUGAUAGUUUUCGUUGUUAAGAGAAAAUAUCACAAAAAAUAUGUGAAUGUCGUGAAUUAGUAAGAAAAUCC